AUGGAUGUGGUCGGGCCCAUCUCUCACACAGAGGUGCCAAAGCGGAAGUCCUCGGCUAGGGGCGCGGUUAUAGCUGCCCCGAUCGCGCUGAAGUGCGUCAAGCAACCCGAGCAGGAGCUAGUCGUGUGGCUGGGAUGGAAGGGGUCUAGAAACUUCAAGAAGAGCGGAAAAGGUCUGCACAAAGUCCUGUACGUCUGCACGACCGCCACUCACUCUGGCGUCUUUUUCACUCACCACAGCGGCAAGCGGCUGGGAUUUGCUCUCAUCACGCAUGAUUCGCGCAACCCGCAGAAAUUGAAGAGCAAGCCUACCCUCUACAAGAGGGAGCUGUCUGGCUUGAUGGCGGACGUCUUGCACGAUGGAGAGAGCAAAAAGACAACCGCGAAGGGAGGUCAGCUAGUGACGGUGCGGCAGGCGGUGCUUCGCCAGACCCUCGAGGGGCACGUCCUCGCAGCUGUCUUUGUCAACCAGCGCGGCGAUGUGUACGCGGUAGUCGCGCACUUGGCAAACAACACGUGGCGCAAGUGGAGGAUGGAGGCCGCAGUCGGCUCCAUGCCUUGCAUCCACGUACCAGAAGGCGGCCGCGAUGUGCGGUUUGUGCACUGCGACAUAGACGCGCCCGUCGAUCACACCUCCGCCGUUGUCGCCCCUUCCCUUCCCUUGGCUCUCUCGACGUUCGAUCGCGUCUCUGGAAGCAGCGCCAACUUGUCGGCGCAGGUGGCGGCCACCACACCGCCUCUCCUCUGUGUCAUAGUCCGUGAGGUCAUUCUGCCUACGCGCGGCUCCGGGGUUGCGGUGGUGCGGGUCUUUCAGAGUCAAUGCGUCGAGCGCAUGAGUGCCGACGUCCGGGAGAUGCCGGAGCCUUGCCUUACCUACGUGGAUGAGGCAACAGCGGUGUACACUGUCGUUGUGUCGUGGGAGCAGUCCAGCUGUCUCCUGCACAUGCGGGACUCGCUGUUCGGGUCGGAGCUGAUGACGAGCUGCGCCACGGUGGCUGGGUUGCACCGACCAAUCAGCGCAUGCACGCUCUCGAUUCCGAACCCGCUCCGACCUCGAGGUGCCCGGGUCUCGCUGGUGCUGUGCGACGACAUGAGGGUGUACUGCUGUGAGCAGUUCGGGCAGGUAGUGUCGGUGUCGCUCAGCAUCGACGACGUGGACUGCUCCAUGUUGAUGCUUCCCGUGCCACUGGCGAAAAAGUCGUCCAAGAAAAUGAAGACAGCGAUAACACUGCCAGCGCGGCUCAUACCUCUGAAAAACCAAACAGAGGUUCUCUGCACGAACGGGACUGUCGGGCUGUUCUUGCGCGUAACGUCCGCUGGUUUUGGCGAGACGGUGCCGGCACCACCCGACCUGGCGGUGGAAGGCACCGGCGAGACAGCUGGCUGUGGCGCGGCGGGAGAUGCUGAAGUUGGAGCCGCAGCACUGCGUCUGUGUUUGCUGUCGUUGCAGCAGCUCUCUGCGCGUGCUAACCGCCACGACCUACCGGAUGUGGUCUUUCGCCAUAUCAUGCCGCACUUGCAAUACGUGGGUACCUCGCAACAGGAGGUGAUGCUGAUCCAGCGCGUGUACGAGCAGCUGCUGCAGAUGGCCGAGCCGAUCCUGGAGCCCGAGUGGAGCUAUCUCUGGGUACUCACCUCCCUUCUCCAAAAAGCCCUCGUGAAGCGUGGCAGAGACAACGAACUGCAGUACACCGAUGCGUUCUUUCUGCAGCUGGCCGACACGUACCGGCAGAGCAGCUUCGCCUCUCCCAGCGGGGCGGCGCUCGUGGGUGAUGGUGUCCGGGCUAUGGUGUCGACGGAGGCACAAGACGUGAUUGCCGCACCGACGCCGACCGUUCCCGCAGAGGCGAUCUACGUUCUUGAUGGGUUGGCGGCAGGCGUUGCGCCGGUGGCCUUAGCCGAGGAGAUUGUGCGGCGCUUGGUGAACACCGACACCCUCUCGAACGGUACCUGCGUUGUGGCGUCUCAGGCCGAUGUGGCAGACUGCGUGCACUGCAUGGGAUGCGUGCUCGUGGCGAGCUGUCUAGACCUCAGCGUGUUUGUAAUCGCCGACGAGGCGCGCGGGCUGCGUGUGUCUCUCCAGCGACCGCAGAAGGGCGUGUGUGUUGCGGUCCAGCCGCACACUUUCGCGAGCCAGAGGGAGUUCGAAACUGCCCUGGGCUUGGCAGGCGAUCUCCUCUCCGUCUCCUCCGCUGACGCGUCCUUCCGGCCCGAUGUAGCACUUCUCACGCUAGGCAUUGGGAGGCGGCAGCAUUGCCUGAACGCCUUCCUGCAGCUCUUUUCUCCGGUGCUGCGCCACGCGAUGGAUGCGUUGACGCCGCUUUCCAGCAAUCGAACUUGGUUUGAGAAGUGCGUCACCACGCUGACGCAGUCCUCCACUGAAUGGGUUGCCAGUCUGCUGCGCAAUGGCGCCAGCGACACCUUCACCAUCACGGCGACUUUUUGCCACCUGUUGCGUGCAGCGCAGCGCGGCGUGGAUGCCGCCUUUUUUCGGAGUCUCUCGCGCACCCUCUCUGAGGAGUUUUGCACCACCGCGCUGGUAACCAUCCUCUUCCACCAGACAGAGCUGCUGCUGGCCGCUAUCCAGAAUUACGCCUCGGCAGUGGCGGCCUGCGUCUUGACGAAGAAUAGUGAAGCAGGAAGGGACGCCAACUGGCAGGCGACGGACGUGGGUCGGAUUCGUCUGCAAGCGGCGCUGGCGCAGACAUCUGCCUUGUGGGCCCAGAUCGACUCCCUGUCUCCCUACCGUGUACGUGAUGUAGCCGAGAGCUACCGCAUCUCCGCCAGCAUCUCAUUGGCGUCUACCGCCAGUGCGGCGUCUGCUUCGACCGAGGGGACGAUGGUAUCACGCACGCUCGUGCUGUGCUUCCGGAUUUUUUGCCUCGUGCAGUGCUCAAUGGCGGCAGAGGAAGACACGAGCCUGGCAGUAAGCGUUGAAUCGACUAGUUGGACGACGAGCGACGCCGCUGUGAGGGACUGCCAAGGUGUGCUGGAGACCAUCUACCUGAUGGCUGGCGGCCCGUUGCCGCUCGAGUGGUUCCAGUGGAAGUUUAUCUCAUCUGUGAGGCACGCAGCUGCCAUCAAGCCAACUUGGGCACCGUACCUAGUGCGCCUGAUGCAGCUGUCCAAUGUGCACCAAAGCAGCAGCGCAACUCUUAAGCGCGACUUCUACAGCCUACUAGACACCCUGCAGAGCCGUGGCGCGUCUUCGACAACGCCAGCGGAAGGGGGGGAUAUACAGGGGGCUGUCGCAGCGGCGGAGUCUGCCGUUGGCGCUCUCGCAGCCCAGGCAGAGCACCACAGUGCAGCGGCCGCAACGGAAGGCGGUAGCCCGGCGCCAUCGACAAGUACUGCUUUCUUCAUCUUUUCCCACCAGCGCGACGCGUCGCUGCCCAGCUGGACACGUUCGCACUCGCUGCCAGAGCGACAGCACCUUUUUUCUUCCACCUGGGUCGACGUACUGUGGACGCUGGAGCGUGUACCCGGUGCUCUUGAUCGUGCUUGUGCGGCAACCCUAGCUCGAAUCCAGCUUGCGGCAUCGGAAAUGGCGACGACGGGACAGGGUGGAGACCAGCCGCCGGUGCUGUCCGAGGAGCUCGCGCUUCCCCUCUAUGCACAUCUCUACCGAUUGCGCCCUCCGGUGCGGAUGCACGCAGUGGCAGACGCGACACCAGCGGAAAGCAACGGCGCGUCUCUCGGUGUGCAACAGCGCGUAGAUCGUGCCCAGCAGCAUGAGGAGGCCCCGCGCGAAGCCACCGCGACCCCCGAAAAUCUUGCCGCAAAACCUCAGCAGGAGGAUGCACAGGUGACUGUUGCACCCUCUGUAGACACAACGACAUCUGCACCGCUCCCCUCGUUAAGCGCCGAGCCCGAGGCUGCGGUGCGCACGGGCACUAGUGAGACGAUGCCCAAGAGGCAAGCCAGCAGCGACGCCAACGCGGGUCCUCCUGCUGCUGCUGCUGCUUCGGUGGCGGUGACGGCUACACCGGCGGCCCCGGCGCGGAGUUGUCUGUACUCUCCAGCCAGUGUGGCGUGGUGGGACACGCUAGAGACGACACCAAGCCGUCCUAGCGCGUUUGAUGUAAAGGUGGAGUGUGCCACCGCCACCUCCACGCCUCCUGCCACCGCCGACGACAACGGCGAGAGCUCCGACUCGGGCACAACGUACACCACAUCGACCAGCAACUAUGUCGACCCGGUCGCCACGCUCGAGUCAUUUCACCGCCGUUGCUACACGAGAGGUGACGGUCAUGCGGCAGCGGAGAGUAUCGGCAGCAGCUGGAGUGACUCGGAGUUGCACCUCUGCAAGCACCGGUAUGCCGUUGCCCGCUCGCAAGCGCAACACAGCGCAAGAAAGAGAUGCCGCUGCUGCAGCCGGCCGAUGCGCGUCGACUACCGAGGCCGCUCAGCCGGGAGGCGAGGCGAGGUUGCCGACAAUGCCACGCCAGUACGCGUGCAGUGGAGCCGGACGGCGAAAGAAACGACUGCACCGUAUGUGCGGUCGCCGCUGGUCACCGCGAAAGGGCCGACAGCCACUGCGGCGCGGUCAGCUCUCCUGAGCUUUUCAGCUCGGCUGCAGCCCCCCGAGGAACCGCCGACGCUCCGCGCGCAGUCUGCGCGAACUUCACUGGCGGCGCCGUUCUCCCUGUUGACCUUUCCCUUCGCGUCAAAGGGGCAGCAGGCGUCGCGAGUACGGCUGUGCACAUUAGACGGCGACCGCGUCCGCUAUGUUGAUGGACGGGACAUGGUGCCGCUGUUGGUCACCAGUCGCCCCGGUGCCGGCGCCACUGCGGGUGCCUUGCUGAAGGUGCCCCCACUGCCUGCAACGAGCGUGUUUCCAGCUCCUCAACCGCUCGUACGUCUCCCCUCGCAGUCUGCGGCAGCACAGCCCGAGCAUCGUGACACGCGAGUGCCAUCUGCAGCAGAGGCGGCGCAGCCGGUGCGGUUUGUGGAGGCGGGGCAUGCAUAUCCGCAAGUGCCGCGCCCACCCGCCGGCGCUGCUCCACCAGCAGUGGAUGCUGCCAGCCUGCAGGCUACCGCCGCGAGCGCACCUGUGCCCGCUCGAGCAGCGGAAGCGAUCAUCUUUCCCUAUGUCGGUUUUGCGACACCCGUCGCUACCGCAUCUGCGCCGCCCGCGCCGGCCACCGUGACUCCACUGCCGGCGCCAACGACUCUUCCCAUAAGCACCCCCAGUGUACUGAGCCCUGCGCAAAUGAGCGACUUCCGCCGCUACACUGACAACCUGUUGGCUCGACAGACGGGAAGCACACGUUCACACGCCGCGACGGCUGCAUCUGUUCCGGCUGCGGCACCUCCGACGGCGGACCGCCCCUCCACGGCCCCCGCGGCGACAACUGCCGUCGACACUGCAGGGAUAACGCGGUUGAUCCAGCAGCAAGAGGAGUUCAUCCGGAAAGCUGAAGCUAUUAUUGAGAAAUGCAGGGCUGAAAAGGAUGGCUUCUAUCGACGGGUCGAGGAGAGCAUCCGCAGCGCCACCGCGGCUUUCCAGCAGCACCAGGGACUGAGCCCGGUGGAGCAGGCGCAGCUUCUCCAGAACUCUAUCAAACAACGCAAUGAGCUUCACACCCUCAACCACCAGCUCCUGGAGUUGCAGUUAUCUGCCGCCCGUGCCGGUGGCGAGGCGCCGCCAGUGCCCACCGUGGCUUCAGCCACCUCUCAAACAGCGCCGUCACGCGUGACUGCCACCGGUGCGACCCAGACGCCGCCGCAACUAAGGGAGAGCGUUGGUGUGUCAUGGGCGGCGACGAGCGGCUCCGCUGCAUCCACGGCUGCAGCCGCCGCCCCAGUGCUACCCCCUGCCAUCUCGACGCGGAGGCACGAAGGAAUGCGAGAAAUUUUGUCCGACCUACAGCGACUUAACGCGGAGCUCAUGGCAAGUAGUGCGUCGGCCGAAGCCAUGGACAGGGCUGUCAAAGAGACGCGUGAAGUCAUCGAGCGAUACGAGCGGACCAAGACAGCCGAGGCACUGACGGCGGAGGGAAUCGCCCUGAUAUCGGCGAUGCGCCAGCGCACUGCUGAAAUUGAGCGCCAGCUGGCGGAACAACCGCAGAGGGUUGAGCAAAAAAACACUACUGACGCAAAGAGAUCCUCGAGUGUGUGGGUGUCACAGUUUUCCGUGACCGAUACAGUCGAGGGCUCACCGGCAAACGCUCCACCUGCCGCGUCGCUGGCAGCAUUCACUUCGAGCCCGGCCGUGGUGCCGCCAUCCUCGUUGCACUUCACAGCGCAGGCCGGGGCGUCAGCGGGGUCGGCAGGAGAGGCGCUGCUCCCACAGGACUGGACCCAGCACUUGCCGUCGAGCAGCCCAUUCGGAUCGGUGUCGCGCUCUGCCUCGGUGCCUCAGACAGCGAAACCGCCGCAGCCACUCUGGGUGCCACCACCCACAGCUUCAGUGCUCACUGCACCGGUCGUCUCAUACGCAACACAGCGCGCCUCCUCCAUGUUCACCUCCGUUUCCUCUGUCCCCAUCGAUGAGCCGACAGUGCUUCGGCCCGCGACGCCGAAGGGGGCGUUGCCGCCCAGUGCGAGUUUUCAUGCUGAGCGGGCUGCCGGAGGUGAGGUGCCGAGUCUGCACCUCUGUGAAACAGUGGAGUGCACAACCCUUGAUCCGCCACAAAUCAUGCCUUCCUGCGUGAGUGCACCGCGAGUGGCCACUCAGAUGCGUGAUCUGGGCAGUUUGUUCAUCGAAACUGGCGGUCGGUAUGAGACCCGGCGUAACGUAAGCACUGCUCCGUCGCAUGCGAGAGCAGCAGCUUCUCCUCUACGCAGGAUGCCGGCGCGCUCGCCGGCGCGCAGGCCUCCCGCUGCGGUGCGACGCUUUUCCCCAUCCGCACAGACGCCGGGACGCUGCCAUCACAUGCAUGAGGACCGCUAUGCCAUGUACCGAGCGACGUCGAGCCCAGCACAGGUGCGCCAAGGAGCCGCAGCCACGCCUUGUGUCCCUGCCCCGGGCGCGCCUUUUGCGCCGGCCUCACGUCGUGGGUCAACUGGUAAUGUGUUUGUGGAUCGACAGCAGAGCAGACUCAUCGCUAGUAUUGCUAAGCGCAUGCAGCAGCUAGAGCAGGAGCUCUUUAUGUAA